AUGGAUCCUUCAGUGAGGAGGAUGGAUGAGUGCUUUGCCUGUGGGGGCUGUGGGGCGGAGGCCUGGCUGAGUCUAGCUGAUCCAGCCUGGCUGGGUGCCCUCUGUCAGCCCCCGGACACUGUGCCCAUCACUCAGGGCCGGGUGGGCCGCACUGGGGGUGCAGAUCAUAUUUACACCCACCUAGUGGAGCGGGGGUGUACUGGUAUCCUGGUGAAGAGCUCUGAGGAUGACGUGGACUUCCAGCAGCUCAGAAGCACCCUGGAGAGUUCAGUCAAAGAGAGGAACCAGGUUCCCACAGAGACCCUGGGACCAGUGGAGUUCAGCCAGAGAGAGGAACCAGGUUCCCACAGAGACCCUGGGACCAGUGGAGUUCAGCCAGAGGCUCCCCCAGGUCAACCUGCUGGCUGGGGAGGGGGCCCUCAUAGACACACAGCUGGUGUCCUGUAUGCAGGCCAGGCCCUCAGAGCAGCAAGCCACUUCCCCUGCUUCGCCCAGAUGGGAGCGGAGGGAGCGCAUUUCCACUUCUAUGGCCUUCUCUCCAAUGAGUGCCCAGGCCUGAUGAAGAACUGCUAUCACAUGGGCAGUGAGAUGGAACAUAAGGAGAGGGUCAGACAGACGGACAGGACGGACAUCCUCCUCCUGUCCCAGUUUGUGUCCCUCUACCUCUCUGGACUGGAGCCAGAACCAGCCCUGGUGGAGAGCUGCCUGUACACAGUUACACCAGACCAUCACUUUGUUCUAGAUCGCCACCCUCACCACGGCAACAUCGUAAUCAGAGCAGGAUUCUUAUGUCAUGGUUUCAAGUUUGGCCUAGUUGUUGGGAAGGUACUGUGUAAGCUGAGCCAUGGAGAGAUGAACCUCUCACCUUUCAAAAUCCAGUGGUUCCAGUCCAACCACAAAUCCUCUUUAUAG